AUGCCUAAAUCAGGAGUAACUUUACAGUGUAUUUGCCUCCGUCAAGAGUUUAUAUGGGCUAUGCGCACAAAGUAUUUUGCCGGAGCCACAUGUGCAAUACUUAUAUGUAAUAUUCCUGAUCAAAUAGUAUCGCUGGUCCUAAGUAGUGAAAACAAAGUAAGCAUCCGUGGGAACACGGUGCUUCACCUUCCUGCAAAUACAGGCCACGUGAAGCUUAUCCAACUAAUUACCGUAAAUUUUCCGGGGCUUGUCCGCAAAAAAAUUGAUGAUGGAGAACUUCCGCUUCAUGUAGCUGCAUCCGCUGGCCAUCUAUCCGCAGUUCAUUGUUUGGUAGACACGGCUCAAGGUGAUACGUUUAAUGAAAAGGACAGGAGAGGAAACACUGCGUUGCAUGUCGCUGUGGAAAAUAAUCAUCAAGAUGUGGCUAUGUUUUUGGUCGGCAAAGAUGGAUCCACGUCGCAUUCUACAAAUAACUUCAGUAAGACUCCCUUGUGCAUGGCUGCUGAAACUGCCAAUUUUGAACUCGUUAAAGCAAUGGUAGCCAACACGCCAAAUAGCACAGCAGACGUUAAUUCUGGUAAUUUUUGGCAAGGAUCGAACGGCAAUUCAAUUCUUCGUAGUGCGAUCAUAUGGAGGAAACAGGGUAAAUAUUAA